AUGGCUCAGAAUACACUCGCCGUCAACAAUCUAUCGACUGGCCAUCUGGAUGCCUUUACCCAAGCUCUCAAUCGCAUCAUCUCCACAGAUCAUGCUAGAAAUACCAUUGCGCAAAUUGUGAGCGGCAAACCAGCUCGUUAUAUGGCCUAUGAUGCUGAGACUCGCAAGUUACUCCCUGCUCCAGUCAGGGUCUCCGGCCCAUCCAAAGAAGACUUUGAAAUAGCCAAACGGUUUCAAGAGGAGUGUAGAGCGGAUAUGCUCGAGGUCAAGUCCUCAUUGAGCCUCUACAAAUGCGCCCCUCUUAAAAACUGA